GUGAAAUAAUAAUGUGGCACCGCCUGUAUUCUGUACACCUAGUGUUAUUUCUGUACGACUUGGAAGCUGAUAUUUGAGACAAUCUGCGCGUCGUUGUAAGCUCAGAGUGAAUUAAAUGCGUGUUUAUGUUAUUAGACUGUAUUGAAUGUCAAGUGUUGGAAAUGUUUCAUUUAAAUGUGCCCGUUAAAUGUCCCUCGUUAGCUAGCGUCGUUGUUAGUUUGUCUGCCCCUGGACCUUGCGAAGUCAUUCAUUAUCAGAGUAGCUAGCAUCAAGCUAGCUCAUGGUAGCUGUUUCUAGCAGGUUCCCUCCCACCCAUUCAGUUACGUUUGUCAGAAGUUCCCACCGUAGAGAAGGCUAGUUUAUUUGGCCAAAUGAAUACAUGUUUACCAGACACACGUCUUUGCAGCAUUUUCAUUGACAGCUUCUGGCUAUAAAAGUUAGCUAACUACCACUGGAAAGGUGUGCUGCAGGCAGGUAGAUGACAUGCAGGGUGAGCCAUGGAUCAGAUCACCUUCCAUUAUGACACGGUGCUGUCUGACGUUCACCUGUUGCUGCCCAACUCUCGCCACCUCAUGGCACGCCUCAACCGUGUAGGACAACCAGUUUUCAUCUCCCGGUUCAGAAUCCUGUGGGACGGAACGAAGCAGCGCACCUGUGACCUCGGUUCCCCCUGCGGAGGGGAAGAGUUAGACCGCGACACCCAGGAGGAGAGUGGAAGGGGAGAUGCUAGGGGGAGUGAGACUGGAGCUGACGGAGGAGUGGACAGGGAUGAGGAUGGAGGGGCUGACGGAGGAGUGGACAGGGAUGAGGACGGAGGAGUGGACAGGGAUGAGGACGGAGGAGUGGACAGGGAUGAGGACGGAGGAGUGGACAGGGAUGAGGACGGAGGGGUAGAACCACCUCUGGAUGAAGAUGGAGAUUUAGAGGUACCACGCAGGCCCAGACAAAGACUCCCUGAGAGGGACAGAGACAUGGUCUACCCCAUCAUCCUCAGCCAGGCAAGAAGAGAUGAAGAGGAGGAUGAUGAGGAGGAGGAGUGUCCUAGAGACGUCAUCAGGAUAGAACACACUAUGGCCACGCCUUUAGAAGAUGUUGGCAAACAGGUCUGGCGUGGCGCCUUCCUAUUGGCUGAUUUAAUCCUGUCUCAGCCAACUACAUUCAGAGGAGCCACCGUCUUGGAGUUGGGGGCAGGGACUGGGCUGACCAGCGUAGUCAUGGCAACGGUGGCCAAAACAGUGUACUGCACAGACGUUGGGGAGGACCUACUGAGCAUGUGCCAGAAGAACGUGACGCUGAACAGACACCUGAUGGAACCUGCAGAUGGGAAGGUGCGAGUACGUCUACUGGACUGGCUCAGACACGAUCUCUGCACAGACGCCGAUGCAGAGUUUGGAUGGACAGAGGAUGAAGUGGCCGAUCUCCAUGACAACACAACAAUUAUCAUCGCGGCUGACGUGUGCUACGAUGACGACCUGACAGACGCGCUGUUCCGAACUCUGUACAGAAUCUGUAACAACCUCCGUCUCCCCUGUACUACAUACCUGUCUAUAGAGAAGAGGCUGAACUUCACUCUGAGACACAUGGACAUAUCCUGCGAGGCCUACGACCAUUUCCGCCACUGUCUGUGUGAGAUGCAGGAGCUGAGGGACGGACGGACAUGCUUCACUGUGGAGCAGGUCACCCCCUCCUUCCCACAGUGCCUGCUGUAUGAGCGCAUAGAGCAACUGGAGUUGUGGAAAGUGACAACGGUGCCUGUCUAACCCUCUGAGGAGCUGACCUGCUCCUAGACCUGCUCCUAGACCUGCUCCUAGACCUGCUCCUAGACCUGCUCCUCGACCUGCUCCUUAGACCUGCUCCUAGACCUGCUCCUCGACCUGCUCCUAGACCUGCUCCUUGACCUGCUCCUAGACCUGCUCCUAGACCUGCUCCUAGACCUGCUCCUAGACCUGCUCCUCGACCUGCUCCUCGACCUGCUCCUCGACCUGCUCCUAGACCUGCUCCUUAACCUGCUCCUAGACCUGCUCCUAGACCUGCUCCUAGACCUGCUCCUAGACCUGCUGCUAGACCUGCUCCUAGACCUGCUCCUAGACCUGCUCCUAGACCUUCUCCAUGGAGUAUUCUGAUCUUAGACCUGCUCCAUGGAGUUUUCUGAUCUUAGACCUGCUCCAUGGAGUUUUCUGAUCAUAGACCUAGUGUUUUCGGAGCCUCUUGUGGUCAGUGUUGAGAAGGUAUUGAUAAAACAUAUAGAUGGUUGAGUGAACUAAUAGCAGUCAUUUUAAUCUGGGCAGCUGGACAGCAGUGAACAAAGACACUAGGAAUGAUCUCUGGAAAUGAACUCACUUGUUAAAUGAGAUGUUUUUAAGCUCAGACCAGGGGUUGUGAUAUAUAUAUUCACUAUAUUCUCAUUUACUUGCUGUUGGAUUGAAGUGAACUGGUAAAAUGGGACAGCCCCAUAACCUCUGAAUGUUGUAAAUGAUGAGUGAUCAGGUCAACACUGACCUGGGAUGCAUCCCAAAUGGUAUCAUAUCCUCAAUAAAGUGCACUACUUUAGACCAGAGCCCUGUGGACCCUGGUCUAGAGCCCUAUGGACCCUGGUCUAGAGCCCUGUGGACCCUGGUCUAGAGCCCUGUGGACCCUGGUCUAGAGCCCUGUGGACCCUGGUCUAGAGCCCUGUGGACCCUGGUCUAGAGCCCUAUGGACCCUGGUCUAGAGCCCUAUGGACCCUGGUCUAGAGCCCUGUGGACCCUGAUCUAGAGCCCUGUGGACCCUGGUCUAGAGUCCUAUGGACCCUGGUCUAGAGCCCUGUGGACCCUGGUCUAGAGCCCUGUGGACCCUGGUCUAGAGCCCUGUGGACCCUGGUCUAGAGCCCUGUGGACCCUGGUCGAGAGCCCCGUGGACCCUGGUCUAGAGCCCUGUGGACCCUGGUCUAGAGCCCUAUGGACCCUGGUCUAGAGCCCUGUGGACCCUGGUCUAGAGCCCUGUGGACCCUGGUCUAGAGCCCUAUGGACCCUGGUCUAGAGCCCUGUGGACCCUGGUCUAGAGCCCUGUGGACCCUGGUCUAGAGCCCUGUGGACCCUGGUCGAGAGCCCUGUGGACCCUGGUCUAGAGCCCUAUGGACCCUGGUCUAGAGCCCUAUGGACCCUGGUCUAGAGCCCUGUGGACCCUGGUCUAGAGCCCUGUGGACCCUGGUCUAGAGCCCUAUGGACCCUGGUCUAGAGCCCUGUGGACCCUGGUCUAGAGCCCUGUGGACCCUGGUCUAGAGCCCUGUGGACCCUGGUCUAGAGUCCUAUGGACCCUGGUCUAGAGCCCUAUGGACCCUGGUCCAGAGCCCUGUGGACCCUGGUCCAGAGCCCUGUGGACCCUGGUCCAGAGCCCUGUGGACCCUGGUCCAGAGCCCUGUGGACCCUGGUCGAGAGCCCUGUGGACCCUGGUCUAGAGCCCUGUGGACCCUGGUCUAGAGCCCUGUGGACCCUGGUCUAGAGCCCUGUGGACCCUGGUCUAGAGCUUUAUAGACCCUGGUCUAGAGCCCUGUGGACCCUGGUCUAGAGCCCUGUGGACCCUGGUCUAGAGCUUUGUGGACCCUGGUCUAGAGCCCUGUGGACCCUGGUCUAGAGCCCUGUGGACCCUGGUCUAGAGCUUUGUGGACCCUGGUCUAGAGCCCUAUGGACCCUGGUCUAGAGCCCUGUGGACCCUGGUCUAGAGCCCUGUGGACCCUGGUCUAGAGCCCUGUGGACCCUGGUCUAAACUAGUGCACUAUAUAGGGACCAGAGUCCUAUGGGACACUACCUUAAUGUCUGUUUAUAACUUAUAAGACAUUAUUAAAUAGCUUGUUAACAAUUGAGUAAAUAAACCGUUUAUCAAUCAGUAUUUUCUAAGUUCAUGUAUUUAAUAAAAUAAACUACCUAAUAAUGUUUAUAAGAGCUUUAUAAGCAGACCUAUAGUGUUAGUAGUGUGUGUAUAUUGAUACGAGACCACAGCACUGUUUAUUUCACAAUUAUUCACUCAUCUUUUGAUUCAAAAUGACUAAAUAAAAUACAAGUUAUUGAUUUAUUUCAACAAAAAAUGUCCACCCGGACACUUUGUCAUGUCAACAGCUGAGGCAUGGAGCCACUCUCAAAUUCAUAGACAGAGCUACGACUGACCAGCUAUGAGAGCAGAAUGAUGGUUUUAACUGUGUUUUCGGGCUAUACAGUGUUUGUUUACAAUGACAUUCUUUACACACAGUGGAGGAUAACAAGCUUAUCUGAUCCGGUAAGACAGUUAAGCUCCUCAGUCAUAAGUGUUAUCCGUCAAUAUAUACAGUUCGCUCCAAAAGUAUUGGGACAGUGACAUGUUUUGUUGUUGUUCCGGCUCUGUACCCCCAACACUUUUGGAUUUGAAAUGGUACAAUGACUUAUGAGAUUAAAGUUCAGACUGUCAGC